ACAACGGCGAAAAGUGCUUGUUUUGGCUACAGGAAUGUAAUUUACAUGGUUUUGGGCAAAAUAUGGAUUUUUUGGAGCUGCACUUUUUAGAUUAUGUGGCAUUCUUGAAACGCGUCCUGAAGCUCAUGCAAACUGGUUAUGGAACAAUGCGUGAAGUUGAAAUUGAUAUGCAGUUCGCGAAAGAAAACGAAACAUAUCAGAUGCCUGAUCCAAAAGAAUACGACUCCGGCUCGGAAGUGGAAAAUGUCACUGUUGCACAUGUCCAAGAAGUUUUGGAACAUGCGUAUCCAAAUGGUUUAUCUGUUGCGGUUAUCGCCGAAUCACUGCGUUGUACAGAAUCUGAGGUGGGAGAAUUCCUGCGCGAGCUCGAAACAUCGGGUGUUGUAAAGAAACUGCAAAAUGAAUGGAUCCGUGUGGGAACCGUCGAUAAUCUUGAAACGUCACGGAUUCCAAUAAGUUUUGGCAUGCGUGAGCAUCCACCCACUGUUGCAAUCAUCACAUGCCUGUUUGUCGAGAAACAAAGCAUUGAUGCGAUCAUCGAUGACAGCAAAACCGUUCAUCGUUAUCGCUCAGGCGGUGAUUCCAAUAUCUAUACGCUCGGUCAUCAAUAUAUAAGUGAUAAUCGGUGUACUACAGGUGAUAGCCGCGAAGCAACAACUUCAGCUGGCUCAAUAACUACCCGUCUUCUUGGCAACUUCCAGCACGUAGAGCAUGUUUUUAUCGUUGGUGUUGGUGGUGGUGUUGCACAUUACACGGAUCCCGCACAGCAUGUACGUCUUGGUGAUGUUGUGGUCAGUACACCGGAUCCAAAUGCAUAUGUAUUUGCGCAUACUUACACGGUUGAUCGAUCAACAGAACAUGUGAACGGUUUUGUGGUCCGAAAAUGGAACCCCCAGGACAACAUCAUUGCAUUUAUUGCCAAAAAUAUGGAUGAUAAAUUGAUGGCCGAAUGGGAUGCAGUGACCAAUGCAACAAUUGAACGUUUAAAUGCUUCCAACAAUGACAUGAGUUUUUCAAGACCACCACCGCAAGCCGAUCGACUUGCUGUUCCUGUUGGUGAGUUUUUGAAAAAUCUACGCCAAUAUGAAUUUUUUCAUGUUUGGUGCACAUGUGGCAUUCGUAUUUUAGCAUUGCCCAUAUCUUCAUAUGUUUUUUUCAGUAUGUAUACAUUUACAUCGGAAUGCAUUUUUCGGUUUUUUUUUUGA